AUGAAUGCCAGCGAUCCUGUCGAUGUGGCUGAAAUUGCCAAAUCAAAGGCAACCUCCCACGAUGUCGGUAUCAACGAAAAAGCCCCCGUGAUUGAUGAGUUGACCAUCGACAAUGCCCCCCUGCGGGAAGUAUCAGUCGAAGGUGAUUAUCUGGAUAAAACUAGUCCUACCGAGGAAGAGCUGGCCACUUUGCGCCGUGUUGCCGGCAACUUGCCCGUGGCUUCAUACAGUGUUGCCUUUGUGGAACUAUGCGAACGUUUCUCGUACUACGGUGCUACUGCUGUUUUUGUCAAUUUUAUUCAGCGACCUCUGCCCACCGGAUCCACCACUGGUGCUCUCGUUCCAGGCGUCUCCGACUGGAGCAACGAUUCACCCGGAGCUCUCGGUAUGGGCCAACAGGCCUCCACUGGAUUGACAUUGUUCAACUCCUUCUGGUCCUACAUCAUGCCUCUAUUUGGUGCCAUGGUUGCUGAUCAAUGGUGGGGUCGUUACCGCACCAUCAUGUCCGCGAUUGCCUGUGCACUCGUUGGACACAUCAUUCUCAUCAUUUCCGCCAUUCCCAAGGUUAUUGAGAGUCCCAACGGAGCCAUUGCAUGCUUCUCUAUUGGUCUUAUCAUCAUGGAGCAAUAUCGCGAGGACAGGCCCUAUGUCACGACACUUGCUUCCGGUGAGCGUGUCAUCGUUGAUCCGUCUGCCACUGUUGCCCGUAUCUACAUGUACUUCUACAUGAUGGUCAAUAUCGGUUCUUUUGUCGGUCAAGUCGCCAUGGUCUACGCCGAGCGAUAUGUUGGUUUCUGGCUCUCUUACCUACUCCCCACAGCCAUGUUCUGUCUGUGUCCUGUUGUCUUGCUUGUCUGCAAGAAGCACUACAUUCUCACUCCUCCCGGUGGAUCAAUCUACCCCAAAGCUUUCAAAGUGUCAAUGUUGGCGAUGAAGGGCCACUGGACCCUGAACCCCGUGCGAUGGUUCAAGAGCUCUGGUGUCGAUAUUUGGGCUGCCGUCAAGCCCAGCCAUCUCGGAGCCAGCAAACCCGCGUGGAUGGACUUCGACGAUGCGUGGGUUGAUGAGGUUCGCCGAGGACUGCUCGCAUGCAGAGUGUUUUUGUGGUACCCCCUUUACUGGCUCGCCUACAACCAGAUGUUGAACAACUUGACAUCUCAAGCGGCCACCAUGAAACUUGGAGGUGUCCCCAACGACAUCAUCAACAACCUCAACCCCAUUGCGCUCAUCAUCUUCAUUCCCAUCUUCGAUCAUAUCGUAUACCCUGGUAUUCGCAAGAUGGGUUUCCACUUCACCCCCUUGAAACGUAUCACGGCCGGUUUUAUUGUGGCCGCCCUCAGCAUGGUCGUUGCUGCGGUCACCCAGCACUACAUCUACAAGUUAGGGCCCUGCGGUAACCAGGCCAACAUGUGUCUAGAGGUUAAGCACGAGCACACCAACAUCUCUGUUUGGGUCCAAGCCCUGACCUACAUUAUGGGUGGUAUUUCCGAGAUCCUCGCAUCCAUCACUUCCCUCGAGUAUGCCUACACCAAGGCCCCGAAGAAUAUGCGAUCCCUCGUCCAGGCUGUCUCACUCCUGAUGAAUGCCUUCUCAUCUGCCAUUGGUCAGGCUUUCAUUGGUCUGGCUGAUGAUCCUCUCUUGACUUGGAACUACACCGUGGUUGCUAUCCUCGCCUUCCUGGGUGGUGUUGGAUUUUGGGCCACCAACUACAAGUUGGACGCCCAGGAGGAUGCCAUGAACAUGCUUCCAGACAGCGAAUUCACUCCUCACACGGUAGUGGAUGAGGAGCGGAAGUAA